AGUAUUUUCUUUCAACAUGGCCAUGAGCGGUGUUUUUGUGCCCAUUUUCAUCAACUUCAAAUUUAGCAACAUAAUUGGCUUUACCCUACACCACUUUAAUCAUUUUUACGGAGAGAAACCGCUGAAAUUGAGGUCGACUUAUAUAAUUCGUAUAAUAAUGCUCACUAUGCUCAUGUUAGUGCCUUAUAUGGAAUACUUGAAAGACGAAUUUCACGAAUCUUCUACAACCGUCAAACUGUUAGCUUUGGUGUGUGGAAUGAGAGUCAUUGGAUGUAUAGGAAUAUUGGUAUCAGACUUGCAUAAUCAAAUGUAUUUGAUUGAAGCAACCAAAUAUCUAAACAGUGUAGAUGAAGAAUUGAUGAAAUUUGGAAAGCAUGUGUCUUAUAAAAGCUACUCUAGACUCCUUUUAGUGGGCGGUUCUUCAGUGUUUUUCUGCGUUAUCUCGUCAAGAGUGCUCUUCGUAAUCGCGGGUGAACCAUUUUGGACAGUAGUUAUAGAUUUCUUCAUUACAGGAUAUCCAUUUCUCAUUUUGAACAUAAACACUUUGUACUUGAUGUUUUUCUUAUUUGUUAUUCGGAAAAGGUUCACAUCACUCAUGUCUAUUGUGAACGAUAACCGAAGGAAGUUCAAGGAAUCCCAAGAAACAGAGUCGUUGCUGAAGAUGUUUCUGAAGAUGAGUCAGAUGUAUAACGACUUGUACUAUUGCGCUAAUAGCAUCAAUAAGUUCGUAUCUUUAGCGAGUUUCAUUUGCGUGAUGUGCAAUCUUCUCGAAGCUAUGCUGGUGGCCAAUUUGAUGUAUCAGGGGGAGGGUAGCUUUAAGGAUAUUUAUUCGGUUGGGACUUACUUAUGGUUGACCUUGAGCACAUUACUUUCCCCGAUGUUUGUUGAAGAAAUGCCUGGAAAAUUUUGUCGAAUAGUGACUGGUAUCGAAAUAUCCGAUACCCAUAAGGAACUUCAAUAUGCUAAAAAUACAUUUUUGUAUCAAGCUCUACACACUGAAAUAAAAUUUAGCGUUUGCGGAAUGUUUUCGAUGUCUAUGUCAUCUCUGCCUGAGCAAUUCUCGUUCUGUAUUUCGCUAGUUCUGGUCAUGUAUCAAAUAGCGGGAUGAAACUGAUGAGAUAGAAGUAGUUACAUGCCAGAUAGGCAAAUUAUA